AUGACAUGCAAAAACAUAUAUAAGCUAGAAGGUCUUAAAGAAGAUGCGGCAUUUGCACUCUUCAAGAACAAGGUAUUUGUAGAUAGUUCAAAUAUUGAUUUGGAUCUUGACAUGAUUACUCAAGCAAAACUCAUCAUAAAGGAGUGUGAUGGUCAUCCUCUUGCAAUAACCAAUAUUGCUGGUUUCUUGGCAAGAAAGCAAAAAACAACUACAGAAUGGAAGAAGUUGAAUGAUAAUUUUACUUCUGGGCGCAAACGCAUAGUAAGACGUUGGGUUGCAGAAGGUUACAUAAGUAAGACUCAUAGCUUGAGUGCAGAAGAAGUUGGUGAGAGCUAUUUUGCAGAGCUUAUCAAUAGAAGCAUCAUUCAACCAUCAGAACCAGUACCAGCUCACAAUGUUGGCAAUAUUGAAUAUUGUCGAGUACAUAAUCUUAUGCACAAGAUUAGUGUUUCAAAAUCCAUGGAAGAAAAUCAUGGCUUUGUACUUGAAGUUAGCUCUAAUAAUGAAGGUACAGUACGACAUUUAUCUAUAAUCAACACUGGUGAGACAAACAAGAACGCAUUGAAGUGUGUUGACCUAACCCAUGUACGAUCAGUGACUAUAUUUGGAGAGUGCAGAGCAUCUUUAGAUUUUAGCAUGAUGAGGAUGCUUCGGAUUCUUGAUUUGGAGGGCACAUCUGGUUUGAAAGAUCGUGACCUGAGUCAAAUUGGCAAUUUUCUUCACCUUAGGUACCUUUCAUUGAGAGGAUGCACUGAUAUCUAUCAUCUACCAAAUUCAUUGGGCAACUUGUGGGACAUCCAGAUGUUAGAUGUCAGUGGCACAAGUAUCAUCAAGCUACCAAAGACCAUCACCAAGCUAAAGAAGCUCCACUACCUUCGUGCCGGCCAUGUACCAAAGGAUGAUGCCACCUCUUCUAUAGAGUUGAAAGAAUCAAGUGAUCUUUCGAAAAUGGAGCACGAGCCAAUUAAUGAUUUGGAAAUACCAGAUGUUGAAGUCAAAUCAGUUCAAUUUGGCAUGACGGUAUUGGACACGACAAAAGCAUAUAUCACAAAAACAAUGCAAAAUAAUGACAAUGUAAAUAAGCAUGACAUAUUCCACAAAUAUUGCAAGGUCUUGUUACCUGGCAUUCCACAGGGACUUGAUAUGUAUGGUGUUAAAGCACCUGAAGGGAUUGGCCAACUGAAUGACCUGCACACACUUGGUGUUGUUAACGUUGCAGCCGGGAAAGUCAUAUUGCGUGAGCUUGAAAAACUUAAAAAACUACAUAAGUUAGGAUUGACGGGUGUCAAUAAGAAAAAUAGCCAAGCUAUCCUAUCUGCCAUUGCAAACCUUGCCCUCUUACACUCAUUAUCAUUGCAAGCAGAGGGGGAACCAGGUUUACAAGGUUGUUUGGAUCACACAUUUGCACCUCCAAGUAAGCUUCAAAGUCUCAAGAUUUAUGGAAAUCUAGUUACACUACCAAUAUGGAUCACCCAACUCCAGAAUUUGGCUAAGUUGAAGCUUAGGAGCACCCAGUUGAAGUUGGCUCCUUCCAUGGAAAUCCUUGGGAAGCUACCACAUUUGGUCAUUCUACGACUGUGGAAGAAUUCUUUUCUUCAGAGCAAAAAAAUACUUUUCGAUUUUCAGCAGGGCACUUUCCCAAGCCUUGUAGUGAUGGAGCUUAAAGAUCAAGAAGGCCUCAAAUCAUUAAACUUCUUGCAAGGAGCGAUGCCAAGGCUUGAGUUGCUGCAGAUAAAUAAUUGCAUGCACAUAGACAACAAUGGGUUUUUUGGUGUGUCAUCUCUUCCAAGCCUGAAAGAAGUUAUGCUCAUGGGUGACCACAACGAGGAACUAAUGAAGAACCUGCGUGACCAGCUUGCUCUAAAUCAAAACCAACCAGUUCUAAGGGGGCAUGACCACUUAUGA